AUGAGUUCGUUUGUUCUUAUUUUAAUUUUUGGAACAAUUAUAGAUACUCAAACGACUAAACCUACAUAUUCUUGUAUAGUAAAUUAUAAGAAGCUUCUAACAAGUUUCAAAGGUGAAGAACAAGAAGAAUUGAAAAGAAGAAGGAGAUCUAAAAUGUCGUCCUCAAAUUCUCCAUGCGCAGCUUGCAAGUUCUUACGCCGUAAAUGCACACAGGAAUGCGUGUUUGCGCCAUACUUCCCACCUGAUCACCCUCAAAAAUUCGCAAACGUACACAAAGUCUUCGGAGCAAGUAACGUCGCCAAAAUUCUCAACGAACUCAACACAACUCAACGAGAAGACGCCGUUAAUUCAUUAGCUUAUGAAGCCGAAGCAAGGUUACGAGAUCCGGUGUACGGAUGCGUCGGAUUAAUCUCUGUUCUUCAACACCGAUUAAAACAAGUUCAAUCGGAUUUACACAACGCUAAACUCGAAUUAUCUAAUUACAUCGGCCCUUCCGCUAUGUUACCAAUCUUAAAUCCAGGUUUCAUCCCGCAAAUCGGAAACAUGCCGACGUCAUCAUCGGUGCCGGUGUUACCCUACAACAUGCAGCCGAUUUUCCGAGACUCUCAGCCGCAGCACCACCAGCAAAUACUUGACGCUCAGCAACAGCAACUGGUGGCGGUUGUUAAUUCUAGAGAACAACAAGAAAUGUUAAGGAGUUACGAGCAGCAACAACAACCACCACCGCCUCCGCCGCCGCCCCCCGUCGUUACAGCAGCAUCAACCGGAUCCAACACCAACCGCCGCCGCAAGAACAAAACCACCACCAUCACCACCACCAACAACUCCACGUUCAACCGCAUCAGCUUAUGCUGCCACAGGAAGCUCAGCAACCGCCGUUGGUGGUGCAGAGAGCUGCCAAGGAGGAGGAUAGGAGCGUUGCUCCGUCGUGUUGAAUUUGGUCAUACUCCGGCGCCAUCUUCUGCUAUUCUUUAA